AGAGGAGUGUAUUUGAGAAAGAAAGAAAAAAAGAAAGAUAGAGAAGAAUGUGGAGGCUAAAGAUAGCAGAAGGUGGCAACGAGCCAUACUUAUACAGCACCAACAACUACGUAGGAAGGCAAAUAUGGGAGUUCGAUCCUGAUGCAGGGACUCCUGAGGAGCGUGCUGCGGUGGAACAAGUUCGCCAAAAUUUCUACAACAACCGGCAUCAGGUCAAGCCCAGCAGUGACCUUCUCUGGCGUAUGCAGUUUCUCAAGGAGAAGAACUUUAAGCAAACAAUACCCGCAGUGAAAAUAGAAGAGGGCGAACAGAUCACAUACGACAAGGCAACAGCAGCUUUGAGAAGGGCAGUCCAGUUCUUUUCGGCACUGCAGGCCAGUGAUGGUCAUUGGCCUGCUGAAAAUGCUGGGCCCUUGUUUUACCUCCCUCCACUGGUUAUGUGCAUUUACAUAACGGGACAUUUGGACACCGUCUUCCCAUCGGAGCAUCGCAAGGAAAUCCUUCGCUACAUAUACUACCAUUAGAAUCAAGAUGGUGGGUGGGGCCUCCACAUUGAAGGCCACAGCACCAUGUUCUGCACUGUUCUCAGCUAUAUCUGUAUGCGUAUUCUUGGAGUUGGACCUGAUGGCGGUCAGGAUAAUGCCUGUGCCAGAGCCAGAACCUGGAUUCAUGACCACGGCGGCGUCACUUACAUACCCUCCUGGGGCAAGACUUGGCUCUCGAUACUUGGUGUGUACGACUGGAAUUCGACAAGCCCAGCGCUAUUGCUGCAAGACAUAAUGUGGGACACUCUUUACUUGUUCACGGAGCCUCUACUGACUCGUUGGCCCUUUAGCAGCUUUAUCAGAAACAAAGCUCUUCAAGUCACCAUGAAACAUAUUCACUAUGAAGAUGAAAACAGCCGCUACAUAACCAUUGGAUGUGUGGAGAAGGUGCUAUGCAUGUUGGCUUGCUGGGUCGAAGACCCUGGCGGCCAUUAUUUCAAGAAACACCUUGCUAGGAUUCCAGAUUAUCUUUCGGUUGCUGAGGAUGGAAUGAAAAUGCAGGGUUUUGGAAGCCAGCAGUGGGAUACUUGAUUUGGAAUUCAGGCACUGAUUGCUACUAAUUUCACACAAGAAAUUGGAGACGUGUUAAAGAGAGGCCAUAACUUCAUAAAGGAAUCUCAAGUGAAGGAGAAUCCUUCAGGCGACUUCAAGAGCAUGCACAGGCAUAUUUCAAAGGGAUCAUGGACUUUCUCUGACCAAGAUCACGGAUGGCAAGUUUCUGACUGCACUGCCGAAGGACUUAAGUGUUGCCUUCUUUUCUCAAUGAUGCCGCCAGAGAUUGUUGGUGACAAAAUGGAGCCUCAACAGUUGUACGACGCUGUCAAUAUCCUUCUUUCUCUGCAGAGUAAAAAUGGAGGCUUAGCAGCAUGGGAGCCUGCUGGGGCUCAAGAAUGGUUAGAAAUAUUAAAUCCUACAGAAUUUUUCGCUGACAUUGUGAUUGAGCAUGAAUAUGGAGAAAGCUACCUUUCAUGCCCUCAGAAAAAAUAUGUAGCUCUGGAAGGAAAGCGAUCAAAUUUGGUACAUACAACUUGGGCAAUGAUGGGUCUAAUCAGCGCAGGACAGAUGGAUAGAGACCCUACACCUCUUCACCGAGCUGCAACGCUGAUAAUUAAUUCCCAAUUGGAAGAUGGAGAUUUUCCUCAACAGGAAAUCACAGGGGUGUUCAUGAAGAACUGCAUGUUACACUAUGCAGCAUACAGGAACAUCUAUCCAUUAUGGGCUCUGGCAGAAUACAGAAACCGAGUUCCGUUGCCUUCAACACCCAUCUAAUUAGAAUUAAUUCCUUCACUCUCACAUCAUGUGAUACUAUGUAAUGUGUACUGAAAAGUUUUUCGAACACAACAUUUUAUGUUCUGUAAUGCAAGUAGAUUUGCCUAUUAAUUUCUGUAUUUCCAGAUAUAUAUAUAUAUAUACACACUCUAAUUAA